GUUCGUCCUGUCCUUUUUAUAUCCAAUUGACCCGUUUGUUUUUCUCUGUAAAUUUAUCCUCGGGAUCAUAAAAAUGUCUUUCAUUUUGUGUAUUAGUUGAUUAUUACAGUACUUCAAUUUCUACAGCUCUUUCAGUAUUGUAAACCCGUAGCCAGGAUUCUCUACCAACUGCCUGGCUGCCACAUGUAGCACUGCUACUACAUCUGUAAUUCUGUAUGUAUGUAUGCUUAAUCCAAUUAAUAUUUUUAUUUAUAGUGUGUGUAUGUGUGUUGAAUAGUGGAUUCAAAAAAUGGUGUAUUUUUGUUCUGUGCCAUUUGCCUAAUUUUACUUCGGACUGUGGGAUGCAUUGUCAAAUUCAGGGUCCCUUUGCAUCUUCUGUCGCCCAAAGAUUUCACCUUUCAACAACUCCAAGAGAUUAUUCAAUAGCCCAUUCCCGCAUUUUCUUCCUUUUGUCAUUUUUCAUUUUCUUUUCUCAGAUCCCCAAUUCGGGGCAGUCUUCAAUUAUUUCUCUGGAUCAGCGAUUUGAAUACACACCAUGUACCAAAAUGCCUUAAAAACCCUAGAAAGAGUUCCAAUCUUUUUCGACCUUCUUCCUUAAUCCAUCCACUGAGGAGCCAAGAGAAGGAGAAAAGGAAAAAGAUCAAAGAUCGGAAACUCAGCAUGUGGAAGCAAUUUCUGGGUAAGCUCCCCCGUAAGUCCCUGAAAUCAGAUCAAGCUUCUUCGAGAAACCCUAAUUCGGGGCCGAACACAUCGUCCCAUGGCUCUGACCGGGCUAACCCCAACAGCCCGGCAGCAAAACGGGCUUCUGCCGCCGUCUUUCCCUCCUGCGCAAUUGCUGGGAUCGAGCCACUUCUGGCAUUCAAGGAUGUCCCGAGCGCGGAAAGGAUGAAUCUUUUCAUCAGUAAGCUAAGCCUCUGUUGUGUGGUGUUUGAUUUCAACGACCCGGCCAAGAACAUUCAAGAGAAGGAGCUCAAACAGACCACACUCCUCGAGCUUCUCGAUUUCGUUUCCCAAAGCCCACCCAAAUUCUCCGAGCCUGCAGUCCUAGCAUCUUGCAAGAUGUGCUCGGUCAACCUUUUCCGUGCUUUCCCGCCCAACCGAUCCACGAAGGGUAAUUCGGGCGAAAACGAGAAUGAGGAGGAGCCCACAUUUGACCCCGCAUGGGCCCACUUGCAGAUAGUGUAUGAUUUCUUGCUCAAGUUUGUGACCUCAUCUUCUUUGGAGACGAAAGUCGCGAAAAAGUACAUCAACCAUUCUUACAUUCUAAAAGUCAUUGAUUUGUUUGAUUCGUACGAUCCUAGGGAGAGAGACUGUCUGAAAGCAAUACUUCAUAGGAUAUAUGGGAAAUUCAUGGUUCAUAGGCCCUUCAUAAGAAAAAGUUUGAGCAACGUGUUUUAUAGGUUCGUGUUUGAGAACGAGAAGCACAAUGGUAUUGCCGAGCUGUUGGAGAUUUUUGGGAGUGUAAUAACGGGUUUUGCUCUGCCUCUCAAAGAGGAGCAUAAGAUAUUUCUAUUGAGGGCACUCGUUCCCCUGCACAAGCCAAAGUCAUUGGGGGUUUACUUUCAGCAGCUUUCGUAUUGUGUGGGCCAGUUUAUUGAGAAGGAUCCUAAGCUGUCGAGCAGUGUUAUCGAAGGGCUUUUGAAGUAUUGGCCGAUCACGAAUAGUCAGAAAGAAGUGAUGUUUUUAGGCGAGUUGGAGGAGAUUCUUGAAGUGAUUAACAUGGCUGAGUUCCAAAAAGUUAUGGUCCCAUUGUUUUGUCGGCUCGCACGCUGCAUAAAUAGCUACCAUUUUCAGGUGGCUGAAAGGGCAUUGUUUCUCUGGAACAACGACCAAGUCAUUAAUCUUGUCACACAAAACCGGCAAGUUUUAAUACCCAUAAUUUAUCCAGCUCUUGAAGCCAAUACCAAAAACCACUGGAAUCAGGCAGUCUUGAACUUGACCUUAAACGUGAGGAAGAUUUUUUCUGAAAUGGAUGAUGCCCUCGUCUCGGCUUGUGUUGCCAGCUACCAUGAGGAACAAGAAAGGAAAACCUCAGAAAUCGAGAAAAGGAAUGACAUUUGGGAACGUUUGGAAAAUGUCGCUGGUCAACAGCCGAUAGCUGGAAACACGGCCGUUUUAGUAUCCCACUGAGCAGUUUCGAAGUCCUUUCUUCUUUGUGCUUUCUUUUUUCUUUUUUUUUUUUUUUUUUUUUUU